AUGACAUCCCCACGCCACGGCGCCGGGCGUUAUUUCCUCGCGAUGAACGCGACUCGUGCGGCGCGUGUUGACAAGCUGCUUCUAACGAUCGCCCUUUGCACGACCGGCACGUGGUGCGUCAAUGACGGCACGCGAAACGCUCGGACAAUCGACUCGUUGUCCACGUUCCGAGACCUCUGGGCCAGUCGGAUCUGGGAGUGGUCCAAGAACGGUGCCAUGAGUAUCGCACGUUUCACCACCCAGAAGAGGCCCGUGCGCAUCGAGUUCGGACCUGAGGACGGAAAACGCGCCGCGGUAACUUAUCGCCGGCAACACGGAUACCGCGGAGAGUGGCUCAUCGAGCAGCUGGGGAACGGUCUUGGCCCUGGGUCAACGUCGUCGCGCAGUCAACCUGUGCCCGACACCUUCUUAACGCCGCCAUCCUUUCACCCCUGCUAAUCCUCCUUUCGACUCCACCUGUGUCCUUGCUCUCUCACCGAACUCAUUUAUCUCGGA